AUGGCAAUCACGAUCUUGACCGGCAUCGAGGACACUCUGGCGCUCAUCCUCGAGUGCGCGGCCGACCUGGCCCGUAUCGAGUCGAGCCUGCUGCCAGCUCUACGCAAGCUCUGCAGCAACCCUCCAUCCGAUGGCGAGUCGAGCGUCCGCACUGCGUCUAGCUCCAGUCGCUCUCAGCCGCCUCCCGCCUCAGAGACAGUUCUUUGCGACCUGAUUCAAACUAACCUCGACCCGCUCUCGGCCCUUGACCCAGCUGUACACUCCGUCGGCAUGCUCUACAUCCUCGCUGCGAGAGCAUCUCAGGCCGCAACCACUGUCGAAGGCGCUGUCGUCCUUUUACCACACAUCACAGCAUUCGUACAGCGUUUCAAUCUAGCGCAGGUCCAACUCGCUGCUGACAAGGUCACCCAGCUCGCUGCGAGCUUCACCGCACUUGGUGACCGAGGAACGAAUCCAGAAUCGGCUCUACAGCUUCUGCAAGCGCUGGCAUCUCGGUUCUUGACAAGUUCCGAGAGUAUCACCACGUUGCAUCCCAUGCUAGCUUAUCAAUACCUUAAAACAGCACGCUAUGCCGAGGCAGCUACCAUGCUCAUUGAUCUGCCUCUCAUUGACGCAGAUACGUCCAUCACCCCAUUGACACACUCGGAUGUUCUCCAGUAUUUCUACUAUGCUGCGCUCAUCUAUAUCAAGCUCGACCGACUGCACGACGCAAUCGAUGCGCUGGAAACGUGCAUCUCGAGCCCCGCCGUGGCUGUCAGCGCGAUCCAUAUGGACGCAUACAAGAAGCUUGUCCUGGUUCAACUCCUCGCCGAUGGCAAGACAUCACGGGUACCCAGGUACACUCCGCAGCUCAUCACGAGGAUGUUCAACAUGUCUGCACAGCCGUACACGCUUUUUGUCGCGGCCUACGAGAAAUGGGGUGACACUCAAGAGGUGUAUCGGCUGGCCGAGGAAUAUCACAAUGCAUUUGAGAAGGACCGAAACGUCGGGCUCAUCCGACGAUGCUUGGCUGUUUAUCGACAGCGCAAAAUUCAAAAGCUGGCACAGGUGUACAGCGCCUUAUCUCUUGGAGCCAUCGCGCAAAAGAUCGGCUUGGAGGGAGACGAUGCCGUUCCGAGCGUGUAUGCCGAUGUGCAAGAGGUGGUUCGCAAAGGAUGGGUGCGAGCUACACUCUCAUCAUCGCCGAAUGCAACCUCGUCCGCUUCAGCAAGCGAUGCCAACGCCAACUGGAUGGUUUGCUUCAAUAUCUUCGCCGGCGACUCGUACACUUCAACCUCGUCGAUCUCGUUACUUGAAGACAAGAUCCGAAUUGCAAAGCAGUGGCAAACACUGUUACAGCAGAGAGACAGGCAAAUCGGCAAGAGUCCUACCUAUCUGAUUCGGGCUCUCAAACUUCGCGAUGCCAGAUCCGCAGGUGCCGACGCUUUUUCGGUUGCUGACGAGCUGGAUGAUGCCGAAUAUUGA